AUGGCUGGCUCCGACACCGGCCUCCCCGGCGGCUCCAGGGGCAACGGAGGGUGGCGGCCGCUGAAGCGAGACGGAGGUCGGCCCGGGCCGGGACCCCGCCUGGCUCCGCUUGCCGGGGACGCGGUUGGCGCCCGUGCCCCCUCCCCCAGUCCGGGUGAUUUACACGCGGACUCCGCGCAGCGGCCGCUUCCCAAUCAGGAAUAUCGACCCCGGGCGGGGCCCCCGGGCCGCAUCGAUCCCUCUAAGCUGCUCGCCGGCCCGCCGUCCGCCUGUCAGUCGAGUAAUGAAUGCGCGCUCCGGGCCCCGGGCCCCCCCGGAGUCGUUCAUCACUGCCAGCCACCGCCCACCUCUCUGCCGCCCGCCCCCGGGCCCCGGAGCUCCCCGGGCGGCCGGCUGAGUGACGGGCGGCCGGUGAUUAUGCGGAGGGGGGAGCGGGGUGCGCCGCGGGCGGCAGCGCUGACCCUUCACAUUUCCGAUCCGCCGGGACCCUCAUCCAUCCGAAGCUGCUCUUUGUCUGGCCGCCUAAUUGCCGGCGGACAGGAUGGAUGGCGGGACCGACAGCCGCGGAAUCCCUAA